CUGUUGCGUAUAUAAACAUACUGGGUCGAAGUCAUCCAGGCACUAUUAAGGAGAGGGUUGGCAAAGGCUGUUGCAAGUGAACGUGCUCGUUGUUAUUACUCUGAAUAGGACAAUAUGAAGAUUUUAUUCCUCUCAGUACUUCUUGCCUAUUUCGUUGUCCCAGGUACUGCCUUGGAGUGUUUCCGUUGCACCAUCAGUCCAUCUCUGUGUUUCUUCAAGGAAACCUGCAAACCUCUUCAAGUCUGUUUCUCCAGACGUGCCACCGUAGGUCCAGUAACCUUCUAUACCUCUGGAUGCACAGAUCUGCAAGAGUGUGGGCAAACGGUCACUGAAACACAUGUAGGCGUAGAGGUUAAAGCUGAGACGAAAUGUUGUAUCUUCGAUAACUGCAAUGGUGCCACAGCAGCUCAACUAUCCAUACUGGCUAUCCCCGUCAUGGUUCUUGCCUGGUUUGUGGGAUACCAAUAGUUCAGUGCUAUUCCUUCAAAAGACGAAUAUUCCUUCAUGUUACAUUCAGUUGUCCAUAAUAACAGCAGCAUUUGCAGGAAGUUUGUCUGUUCUUUGUUUUGUUUGCAUCCUGCUACCUACUAUAAAUGGGGCAGAUUAGUACUUAGUCGAGGUGCAUAAGGUGUUAAGGGGUACAAUCGUCAGACUAAAGGAAGAAUUCUGUGUUCAGAAGCCCACACUGUGCUUCAAAAUAAAUGAAGCUUUUAAUCCUUUGUGGUGAUCAUUCAGAUAAUCGUGGCCUGCUAUGUUGAAUUUUCAUUCCCUUUCAAUCCCCAUUUUUAUUCUUGUUACUCAUUUACUCCAUUUUUACAAUUUUCUAUACAGUACAAUGAGAUUUCAAAUCUGCGUGGUAUAAUUGUCAGUGCAAACAAUUGCUUUUUUUUAAUAUUCACAUUUCUAUGAUGCUGAAUAGCUGAUCUGAAUGUGUAAUAGCCAUGGGUACUUGUAGAUUGCUUUAAAAGGUGUCAAAUAUUGGGAACAAAAUGAAUGUUGACAGAUUUUCAUGAUAAAAAUAUGAAUUGUAAUGAUUUGUGUAAAUUUAAAAAUGACCAUUAAAACAUUUUAAACCUCAUUCUAAUGCCUGU